UUGAUAUUACUGAAAUUCUCACGUUCACUUUUAAAAUCAUUUAAAAUAACUAUUCCUUCGCCAUAAAAAAUGUUUCAAUACUUAAAAAUCUGUCGAAGGACCUUCUCCGAUUUGGCAAAAGAUGUUGUCACACCUCCAAUUGUUCGUCAACGUACCACAACUCGACUCAAAGACCUUCUCGCUUCCAAAAAUGUAUCUCCCGACGAGAAACAUUUCAUCAAUGGCUGGGUCACCAAAGUGCGAAAGAUGAAAACUGUCACAUUUCUAAACAUCAACGACGGAACAUGCAACGAAGACUUACAAAUUGUCGUGGGAAACAAGUUAUCAAGUGAUUUCAACGUUGGAUCCUCCAUUCAAGCUACCGGCAAUCUCGGCACCACACCAAGAGGGCAAAUUGAAUUGCAAGUAACGGACAUUGAUCUCGUCAAUACUUGCAAACAUCCGGAAUAUCCUUUCAUCACGAAGCAGCAACAUUUACCGCAAUACGUGAGAGAGUUUAUUCACUUGCGAUCGCGACACAAACCUUUCGCAGCGACGAUGAGAGUUCGACAUGCCGCUCAAAAGGCGUUUCAUGACUUUUUCGAUGCCGAGGGUUUUGUUAAUAUUCACACGCCAAUUUUGACGUCGAAUGAUUGCGAGAAUUCUGGUGAAGUAUUUUUGGCUCGUCCUGAAUCUGCGGAUUUAUUAAAGCAAAUGAAACGAGAUGGAGUCCCAGAGGAAGCUUCGUAUUUCGAUAAAAAGACCUUUUUAACGGUGUCUGGACAAUUGCAUCUCGAAGCGAUGUGCUUGGGUCUGGACAAAGUUUAUACCUUCAAUCCGGCUUUUCGUGCGGAAAAUUCAAAAUCUCCGCAUCAUUUGGCUGAAUUUUACAUGUUGGAAGGUGAAAUCGCAUUUAUGGAACGUCUCGAGGAUCUCACAGCUUUACUUGACGACAUGAUAAAAGGCGUUACCCGAAAACUUCUUGACUCUUCCUCAAAUGACAUCUCAUAUCUAACGUCUUCAGAUCAAAUUGACUUUUCAUGGUUGGAAAAAGAAACUCCCACAAUCACCUAUCACGAAGCCCUUAAAAUUCUGGAAGCGAAUCGCGAUAAAAUUGAUAUCCCAGUAAAUCCAAAGGAGGGUCUUGCGAAGAACCACGAACUGUUUCUAACGAAAUACGUUAACGGUCCAUGUUUUGUAGCGCAUUUUCCGAAAGAUAUUAAACCCUUUUACAUGCGACAAAAUCAUGAAGACCCGACGUUAGUGGAUUGCUUUGACUUUUUGGUGCCAGAGGUGGGAGAACUGAUUGGCGGAAGUGUGAGAGAGCAUAAGUUGGAGUUGUUGGAAAAAAAUUUGCCAAAUAAGGAGGACUUGGAAUGGUAUUUGGAUCUGAGGAGAUAUGGCAGUGCAUGUACAAGUGGCUUCGGAAUGGGAUUUGAACGAUAUUUGCAGUGGUUGUUGAACGUUAAGAACAUUCGGGAUGUGAUUCCGUUCCCACGAUGGCCGCAUCAUUGUGAUACUUAAAAAGAAAAAAAUGCAAUAAAAAUGUAUAGAAAGUUAUUCGGAAAAAAAUGAAA